AUGACUGUGUUAUUCAUAAACACACUCAGAGCUCCAUUCUAUGGGUGCUUAAUCGGCAAUGCCACAAAAAACUUUACAAAUUUGGUUUUAUUUGGAGAAAUAAUAGAAAGAGCUAUCAAAAUUGGGAAAAUUGAAGGGCAUGAAGUUGCCAGCUCAAAGAAAGGGAGUAUGCCCAAGAAAAAAGAAGGGGAUGUGCAAACAGUCGCUCACGACAGCCAACAAGCCCACAACUUUAGCCCAUAUCACAUAUACCCCCCAUACCAACCCUUCUAUCCGAACAUAGGCAAUAUCGCACAAAACCCAUAUGUGUACCAACCUGCCCCACAACCAACGUUUCAGACCAAUGUUCUCCCACAAGCUCCACCACCAAGACCGGUAGCUUCAACUAAUAAUUCUGAACCACUCCGACCUCCUUUUCCAAAAUGGUAUGAUCCGAAUGCACAUUGUGAUUACCAUUUUGGAAUUCAAGGACACUCCACGGAGAAUUGUACUGCAUUAAAACAUAAGGUCCAAGUGCUCAUUAAGGCAGGACUUUUAAAUUUUGCUAAAAAGGAUAAUUCAAAUGUUGAUGGGAAUUUCUUGCCUAAUCAUGGAGGUCCGAUAGUAAAUGCAAUACAUGAAGGGAUAAUUCGAAGGGUGAAAAAGAAUGUCAACGAGAUUCAAACGUUAAUGGAUAGAGUGUUUGAGGCGUUGUCCAAAAUAAAUACCAUCACUCCAGAACCCAUAGACACAAAGGAAUUGGGGCAUGAUCUCGCUCAUUCUUGCAAAUUUCAUAUGGGGGCAAUUGAGCAUUCCAUUCAAAAUUGUGAUAGCUUUCGUUCGUCUUUUGAAGAUCUAACUGGUUUGGGGGGUAUAACGCGAAGUGGGAGAUGUUAUUCCCUUGAGAUAGCAGAAAAAGUUGAAAAAGGGAAACCCGCACAGGGAGAGGGAGGCCUGAAGGAAGCAGAUACCUUUUCCAAGGACCAAGUUGUCGAAUCUGUAGUUGCUCCGAACAAUGAGGUCAAAAGACUUGUUACCAAGAAAGAAGCGGGUGAAUUUCUUAAGUUUAUCAAACAUAGUGAGUACAGUGUGGUAGAACAAUUAACCAGAAUGCCUGCUCGCAUCUCAUUGUUGUCUUUACUUUUGAAUUCGAAAGCAAACAGGAAUGUGCUACUUAAAGUCUUGAAUCAAGCUUAUGUGGCACAAGAUAUAUCAAUGGAAAAGUUAGACCAUAUCGUGGGAAACAUUACAGUGGGGAACUUUAUUGCCUUUAAUGAUGAAGAAAUUUCAUCGGGUGGUCAAUGA